GGCAUCGUCCUGGGGGCGCUGCUCUUGGUCUUCUGCUCCUGGAUGACGCACCAGUCGUGCAUGUUCUUGGUGAAGUCGGCCAGCCUGAGCAAGCGGAGGACCUACGCCGGCCUGGCAUUCCACGCCUACGGGAAGGCGGGCAAGAUGCUGGUGGAGACCAGCAUGAUCGGGCUGAUGCUGGGCACCUGCAUCGCCUUCUACGUCGUGAUUGGCGACUUGGGGUCCAACUUCUUUGCCCGGCUGUUCGGGUUUCAGGUGGGCGGCACCUUCCGCAUGUUCCUGCUGUUCGCCGUGUCACUGUGCAUCGUGCUCCCACUCAGCCUGCAGCGGAACAUGAUGGCCUCCAUCCAGUCCUUCAGCGCCAUGGCCCUCCUCUUCUACACCGUGUUCAUGUUCGUGAUUGUGCUCUCCUCUCUCAAGCACGGCCUCUUCAGUGGGCAGUGGCUGCAGCGGGUCAGCUAUGUCCGCUGGGAGGGCGUCUUCCGCUGCAUCCCGAUCUUCGGCAUGUCCUUCGCCUGCCAGUCCCAGGUGCUACCCACGUACGACAGCCUGGAUGAGCCGUCGGUGAAAACCAUGAGCUCCAUAUUUGCCUCCUCCCUCAAUGUGGUCACCACCUUCUACGUCAUGGUGGGAUUUUUCGGCUACGUGAGCUUCACCGAGGCCACAGCCGGCAACGUGCUCAUGCACUUUCCCUCCAACCUGGUGACGGAGAUGCUCCGUGUGGGCUUCAUGAUGUCGGUGGCCGUGGGCUUCCCCAUGAUGAUCCUGCCCUGCCGGCAGGCCCUGAGCACGCUGCUGUGUGAGCAGCAGCAAAAAGAUGGCACCUUUGCAGCAGGGGGCUACAUGCCCCCUCUCCGGUUUAAAGCGCUUACCCUCUCUGUGGUGUUUGGAACCAUGGUCGGUGGCAUCCUUAUCCCCAAUGUGGAGACCAUCCUGGGCCUCACGGGUGCGACCAUGGGAAGCCUCAUCUGCUUCAUCUGCCCGGCUCUGAUCUACAAGAAAAUCCACAAGAACGCGCUUUCCUCCCAGGUGGUGCUGUGGGUCGGCCUGGGCAUCCUGGUGGUGAGCACUGUCACCACACUGUCUGUGGGCGAGGAGGUCCCCGAGGACUUGGCAGAGGAACCCCCCGGUGGCCGACUUGGAGAGGCCGAGGGUUUGGUGAAGGCAGAGGCAGCGCGACUCUCAGCCCAGGAUCCGGUGGUGGCCAUGGCCGAGGAUGGCCGGGAGAAACCGAAGCUGCCAAAGGAGAGAGAGGAGCUGGAGCAGGCCCAGAUCAAGGGGCCCGUGGAUGUGCCUGGACGGGAAGAUGGCCAGGAGGCACAGGAGGAGGCACAGCUUGAUCGCCCUGGGCAAGGGAUUGCCAUGCCUGUGGGCGAGGCCCACCGCCACGAGCCUCCUGUUCCUCACGACAAGGUGGUGGUAGAUGAAGGCCAAGACCGAGAGGUGCCAGAAGAGAACAAACCUCCAUCCAGACACGCGGGCAGAAAGGCUCCAGGGGUCCAAGGCCAGAUGGCACCACCUCUGCCCGACUCAGAGAGAGAGAAACGGGAGCCGGAGCAGGGAGAGGUUGGGAAGAGGCCUGGACAGGCCCAGGCCUUGGAGGAAGCGGGCGAUCUUCCUGAAGAUCCCCAGAAAGUUCCUGAAGCAGAUGGUCAGCCAGCUGUCCAGCCAGCAAAGGAAGGCCUGGGGCCAGGGGACAGGGACCUGCGUCCUCGGCCCCAGGCAGUGCUGUCUGAGCAGCAGAAUGCCCUGGCAGUGGGUGAAGGGGAAAAGGCCGAUGGGGUGCCGCCACCAGGCAACGCCGCCGGGGAUGCAGGGCAGCCUGCAGAGGACAGCGACCAUGGUGGGAAGCCUCCCCUCCCAGCGGAGAAGCCGGCUCCGGGGGCUGGGCUGCCGCCUGAGCCUCGCGAGCAGAGGGACGUGGAGCGAGCGGGCGGAGACCAGGCGGCCAGCCAGCUGGAAGCUGAGAUUAAAAAGAUAGUAGCAGAGGCUGGCAGGGCAGAGAUGCUGGACCAUGCCGUCCUGCUUCAGGUGAUCAAAGAACAGCAGGUGCAGCAAAAGCGCUUGCUGGACCAGCAGGAGAAGCUGCUGGCGGUGAUCGAGGAGCAGCACAAGGAGAUCCACCAGCAGAGGCAGGAGGAUGAGGAGGACAAGCCCAGGCAGGUGGAGGUGCAUCCAGAGCCCGGGGCGGCGGUGCCCAGAGGCCAGGAGGCUCCCGAAGGCAAGGCCAGGGAGACGGUGGAGAAUCUGCCCCCCCUGCCUUUGGACCAUGUCCUCAAAGCUCCCGGGGGCCGCCCCGCUCCACCCCAGGACCUUAACCAGCAUUCCCUGGAGCACCCUGAGGGGCCUACAGGCAGAGACCCUGCUGGCCCUCCUGAUGGCGGCCCUGACACAGAGCCUCGGGCAGCCCAGGCCAAGCCGAGAGAUGGCCAGAAGGAUGCCGCCCCCGGGGCAGCUGGCACGGUGAAGGGGCUCCCCAAGGGCCCAGAGCAGGUGCCCGUGCCAGACCCCGCCAGGGAAGCCAGGGGUCCAGAGGAGCACCUUGCAGAGGAAUUCCCCAGGCAAAGUCAGGACAUUACUGGCGGUGGUUCCCAAGACAGGAAAAAACCUGGGAAGGAGGUGGCAGCCACUGGCACCGGCAUUCUGAAGGAAGCCAACUGGCUUGUGGCAGAGCCAGGAGCAGAGACGGGAGACGCUCGCAUGGAGCCCAAGCAGAUGAGCCGAGACCUGGGCCUUGCAGCGGACCUGGACCUGCCCGGCAGGGCGGGAGGAGCGGCUGCACAGCCCCAGGCUGUGGUCCACCAGCCGGAACCGCGGGUCAUCUCUGACGGCGAGCAGGACGGACAGCAGGGCCACCGGCGGGACCAUGGCGGUCACCUGGAGAUGAGAAAGGAGGCCCACGGCGGGGACCAUGUGCCUGUGUCCCACGAGCAGCCGAGAGGCAGGGAGGACGCUGCUGUCCAGGAGCCCAGGCAGAGGCCAGAGCCAGAGCUGGGGCCCAAACGAGCUGUCCCGGGGGGCCAGAGGCCGGACAAUGCCAAGCCUAACCGGGACCUGAAACUGCAGGCUGGCUCUGACCUCCGGAGGCGACGGCGGGACCUUAACCCUCAUGCAGAGGGCGAGCUGGCCCCAAGGGACGGGGUCAUCAUUGGCCUUAACUCCCUGCCUGAAGUCCAGGUGAACAACCUCCGUGGAGCCUUGGACGCCCAGCUCCGCCAGGCUGCGGGGGGAGCUCUGCAGGUGGUCCACAGCCGGCAGCUUAGGCAGGCGCCCGGGGCUCUGGAGGAGUCCUAGCACCUGCUGGCCAUGAGGGCCACGCCAGCCACUGUCUUCCCCGGCGAGCAGCUGGUCUUUCUCAGCCGCAUCCCAGCCGAACUCUGGAGGUCACACUCAUCUAUCUCCAGGGUUUCACGUCUGAGGCCCUCACCAAGUGUGAGUGAGAGUAUAAAAGAGUCACUGUGGCAUUGUUUCCAGAAUGUUCUUGCUGUCGUUCUGUUGCAGCUCUUAGUCUGAGGUCCUCUAACCUCUAGACUCUGAGCUCACUCCAGUCUGUGAGGAGACAUGGCCUCCGCUGUGAGCCGGCCGGUGCACGCCCAGGCUCAGGCUGGGAGCCGCUGCGUCUGCGGUCAGGCCUCCUGCUUCUGCCAGGCAGCACGCGUGGUCUUCAGGUUGAGCUCGGCCGUGCGUGGAGGUGCACAUGGCUGCUGAUGGUCCCAGCACAGGCUACCGUGAGAGCCAGCGUCCAACCCCAAACUUGCAGCGACUCGGAAUUAUAACUGUUUACUGAUGUUUCCCACAGUGUGGCAGGAAGUUUUGAAUAAACACUUUUGCCUUCACCCA